UUCUCGCACACGUUUAUUCUCUCUUCUGUGAUGAGAAGGUGAUAGGAAUGAUGCAAGAAAAGGCAGAAUAAAGGAAUGAGAGAGCAGUUAGAGUAAAAGUGCCAAAGAGACAGAGACUGUGAGACAGCAGAGGAGCAACGUCAACUGAGCAUCUGGGAGGGAGAGCACUAGAAGGUGCACAAUGUCCGAGGGCGGCAACGUCUCCCAGGGGCUGCUGUGCCCCAUCCUGGAGCGCAUGGUGAACCAGUCGCUGAACGACAUGCUGCAGGUGAACGUGGCUGUGGUGUGUGUGCACGGCAUCGUGUCGGCGCUCGGCAUCCUGGAGAACGCGCUCGUGCUCUGGGUGGUGGGCUUCCGCGUGCGGCGCACGGUGGCGUCCGUCUGGGUGCUCAACCUGGCUCUCUCGGACCUGCUGGCCACACUCACGCUACCCCUGUUCACCUCUUACCUGCACUCGGCCCACAGCUGGGAGCUGGGCGAGCCGCUCUGCGUGGCGGAGUCGGCCGUCUUCUUCCUCAACAUGUUUCUCAGCUCCUUCCUGCUGGCCGCCAUCAGCCUCGACCGCUGCCUGCUGGUGACGCGGCCCGUCUGGAGCCAGAACCACCGGUCCGUCCGCAUGGCCUGGAAGGUGUGUGGUAUGGGGUGGCUGUGGGCGGCAGCCAACACGCUGCCCUACCUGCCCUUCCGCGUGGUCACCUCCCGAAAGGACAGGCGCAAGCUCUGCUACCACAAUUUCGGCCUAUACUCGGACCCGGCUCGGCUGGCGUGGAACUGUCGCCUGCGGCAGGACGUCACGGCGCUCUCCAAGUUCCUGCUGGCCUUCGUGGGGCCACUGACCGUCAUCGCCAGCAGCUACGUGUGCCUCAACUGGGGCCUGCGGCUGCGGAGGCGGAGCCACGGGGUCAGGGACGGGGGCAGGAUGUCGAGCUGCUCCUUGGCGCCCAGCAGCCCGUUGUCCCACAGCUUCGUCAAGAUGAUGGCGGCCAUCAUCAGCGCCUUCGCGCUUUGCUGGGCUCCGUACCACGCCUUGUGCCUGCUGGAGAUGGCAUCUCACGAGUGGCCGUACGGCUCGAAGCUCGUCGAGGCGGGGCUGCCCCUCGCCACCACGGCGGCCUUCCUCAACGCCAUCCUCAACCCCGUGCUCUACGCCUUCAGCUGCCCCCACUUCUGCGUGCGCAUCCGCCAGAGCCUGGGGGCCGUUCUCGAGGGCCUGCUGGAGGAGGGCGAGCUGGGGAACGGGUGCUCCCACAGGAGGACGAGGUUGAGGAGGGACACCCCCGCCUCGAUCCCUCAGCACUCGGUUUUCCUGUCGCAGAGCUCCUCCUCCUUCUCCUACCAAGUGCAGUACCGCGCAGCAGAGUGCCAGGAAGGCGAGGCGCUUUAGGACACGUCCCCCCUCUGGAACCUGCAACCGUGUAGCGUGUGGGGGGUGUCCCUCAAUUUGACUGCAGGACAGCUCUUUUACAUCACACGACCCAUGGGUCUUGUUUCCUUUUAUAGAGCCAACACACAUUUCACCUGUUUGCUCCACAGUUGCAUGUCUUUAAGGAGGACUUCACGGUGCACAAGGAACACACACAUCGAGGAGGAUUGUGGGACCUGUGGCAUCUCUCGACACAUGCAAACCAGAGGACUUUACCAGAGAGCAGCUGGACAUUAGACCCACUGCAGCUUUCAUUAUGUUUUUUCAUUUAUCUGAAGGUUAAACUACUUACACUUAUUUAC